UUCUCUUUUGUGGCCACACCUUAUUUUUUGCCCUUUUGUGCUUUUAAAACUGUUAAGCUCUUUUGUACUUUUUAGCAGAUUAUUUUUUUGUAUUUUGGUGAUGGGUACUAUUUUGUCCGACCACUCGUUGUUUACAUUUAAAAAAGCGCAAGUGGAAGACGCUAAUCUUUUUCUCUCUUUCCUUUAUUAUUUUUUUUUCUUGUUUUUUUCUUGUUUACUUUUUUUAAAAAAUUUCGUUUCAAAAAAAAUUUCUUUUCUCCCUUCAAAAAAGUUUAUUUUCCGUUUUUUUAGUAUAGUAAAUAAGUAUUUUGCCAAAAAACCGCAUUUGCGUAUCUUGACGAUUCCGUUAGCAUUACGGCAAAAAGAACCGGCAGGCAAACAUUUUGAAUCACAGCAACUCAUAACCUCAGCAACCUUUACCAAUUUGUUUUUGGGCAAAAAAAGCACCUUGAAAUUAAGCAUUUAA